AUCGAUCAACGCAAGCCUUCUCUAGCAUCUCAAGAAGCCAAUCGACAAAGGAGACCAUACCAAUAAUGGCGAGAACUUUCGAGGCCGCCGCUCUCGUCGCCACCGCCCUCUGCCUCUCCUCCCUCCUCGGCUUCGCCUAUGGCCAAGAGCAGUUCUCCGUCAUCGGCAAGGUCUACUGCGACACCUGCCGCGUCGACUUCGAAACCAAAGCCAGCUACGGUCUAGCAGAUUCCAAGGUCCGCUUGGAAUGCCACAACCGUACCUCCGGGGUCCUCACUCUGUCGGCCGAGGCGGUCACCGACAAGAGCGGCGAGUACAAGCUAGUCAUCGAUGGGGACCACGAGGAGGAGAUUUGCGAGCUGCAAUUGGUCGAGAGCAGCGACCCCGAGUGCAGCUCGCUCUUGGAAGGUGCCGUACACAACGCUAGAGUGGCUCUCACCAAUAAGAACGGCGUCGCCCAGGCGGUCCGCUACGCCAACCCGCUCGCCUUCACCAAGAAGGAGUCCCUGCCCAACUGCAAGCAAGUCCUCAUCGACAUGGGUGUCUUCCCUCUAGACCUGGGGUAUUAGACGAGGAUGAGGGACCAAAUUGUGGGCGUGGCGGGCCACUUUUUGCCAAUAUUCUAAAUUAACUGAAAGUUGGGGGGUAGAAUUCCAAUUUUCAAUUUCUUGGCAAUACUGAGGCCAUGACAUUGUAUGCGACGUCCAUGAAUUUAU